AUGGCCAAGGCAAACGCCAGCUCCGCACCCAACAAAGGCAAAAGGACAAAGAGGGCUCAGAGCGACGACGACUUCAACCAAGUCGACGACAGUAGCAAUAACAAUAACAACAAGGACAAUAGCUACGAGGAUGACGAGGACGGAGACGAGGACGGGGCAGUGGAUGAUGCAGAGUAUGAAGUGGAGCGUGUUGUCGGUCACAAGCGCGCAGGAAGAGGGCGACACGGGACACUCUCAUACAUGAUCAAAUGGAAGGGAUACGACUCGGAUGCCAACAGCUGGGUGAAAGGUUCAGACGUGAACUGCCCUGAAUUGGUGGACGAAUACUGGCAGAGGUACGAGCAGGCAGGAGGCAGGAAAUCAGAUACUCAAGGAGAUGAAUCAAAUCCAGCAAAGCGCAAGGCCGUGGGAAGCAGUAGUCGUCUUAGUAAUCGUGACCAGGAGAGUAGCCGCGGACAAGCUGUGGCAGCAAAGAAGCGGCGAAUCAGGUCGCGCUCCUCUGAUGAGUAUACUGCUGAUGAGCCUGAGGAAGAUGGCGAGCACAAGGCUGACAGCGAUAGCAGGUCUGGCGCGAGCGAGAGGGUAAACACGGAGGACAAGGAUGACGAGAACAAGCUGGACACUGAGGUCACGAGGACCAGGCGGAGUACAGAGAGCAACGAGCAACAGAUAUCAGAAAUUGACGAGAUCGAGGAGUACGACGACGAGGAGGGCGGCAGCUGGAGCCCUCCGGAGGACUGGGCCUCGUGGGGAAACCAUAUCGACUACAUCCGGGCGAUCAUGCAAUCCAACGACACCAGGCUUGCAGUUUUCCUGCGCUGGAAGAACGGCCGCGAGACCACACAUGAUAUUGAGGUGGCUCAUGAAAAGUUUCCUCUGUUGUUGAUCCGCUACUACGAGAACCACUUGCGGUUCCUCAGGAUCGCCGACCAGAACCCUUAG